AUGCUGCCAGUCUUUACAAGAAAGGAAACCGCGACGUGUCUGCCGAUACGCGCGUGUCAAAGUGCCACUGUCGUCGACGCGGAAAGCACGUCGACGACGUCUGCCCAAGUGUCAAGCAUGCCAUCAGGAGCUUUCGAGCUUGAGGCCAGGAGCAAGUGUGGACGGAUACGUGGUACACUCGAGCUGCUUCAGCUGCAACGAAUGCCGAUCAUGUCCAUGAGUGAUCCUCAAGCACAAAUUGAUGAGAUGAGAAUCCUAGCCAAAGAAGAACAGAAAAGGAUAGACAGGGCUACAGCAGAAAAGGAUAAUGCUGAGAAAAAGCCUACUGCUGAAAGGGAUGAAUUAUUAAUUCAACAGGGAGAGAAACACAUCAUUGAUGAUUUGAUGAUGACUUAUUUCCUAUCUGGAUUGAGAAAGGACAUUUCCAGUAAAUUCAUGGUGGUUCCCACUAAUUUUGAUCAUGCUGUGGAGCUGGCUACUCAGAUUGAGGAGCUGAGGAAAUUGGUCCCUGAUACUAAUGAAUAUCAGAUCAAUGCUUUAGCUCAUGAUUUGAGCCUUUUCCAUGUCACUGAGGACUUCAUGCCUCAUGAACACAAUAUUCAAAUGCCACAAAAAGGAAUGCAUAUGUCCGUGAAUCCACAGGACUAUGCCCUGAAUGCUGACUCAGUCGAUACAGGAGGGCUGAACCCAAAUCGUACAAAAGGCAGUCAGUCACCCCUCCAUUUAGAAGUCGCUCCCCCAUUCCCAGAAUGCAGCUCCCCCGCGAAUCGAGCAAGAGCCCGCAAGCCAGGGGUCGUUCUAGGUCAAACCCCAACAGGUUCAGGAGAAAUCGAUCCCCCUCAGCAGGUAGCAGAAGCCGCAGUCCCAGCGCAGGGAGAAAGGAAAGUCGUCAACAGAAAUUCCUAA